AUGUCGGCGUUCGAGAAGCUCGUAAGAAAGCGGGCGUACAUAAAGGGGCGCGUUACUUCCAUAAACCGAUGGAUGCAAACGUGCGUCAUUUCCGAAUCAACGGAACACGAGAUCGAUACGUUUUUAAGCGCACUGGAUCGACAUCUCAAGGAUUUCUCGCAGAUACAGGACCAAAUCGACGAACAAGAUAGCGUAUCCGCCGACGAGCAACAGAAGGAACGUGGCGAUUUCGAAGACGGCCAUCUUAAGACCGAGUCGUCCCUCCGCUUGUUGCAAGCACGAACUCGAGCGGCGCAACAGGCGACCGCAGCCGCAGCGCCAUCCAACGCCGCGCAACGAAGCCAGUCAUCAAACACACCGACGACUGCAUCUGUCAAACUUCCCGAGAUCAAACUAACCCCAUUCGACGGUGAAUGGGAGAAUUGGUUGACUUUCAAGAAUAUAUUUACGGAGCUUAUCCAAAACAAUGUGCGAUUGAACGACACACAGCGGUUCUAUUACUUACAGUCAUACGUAAGCGCGGGAUCGGCGAGGCAAUACGUCGAACUUCCGCUCACCGCCGAAAACUAUGCCGUCGCGUGGCAGCAGCUGACGCAGCAUUACGAUAACAAAGCUCGCAUUAUAAAGAAACACAUCAAGAAUUUCUACGAUUUGAAGAUAACACAAGAAGACUCCGCAUCAUCCUUGCAGACUCUGAUUGACGGAGUGCGGCGAAACUAUCAUGCCUUGAAGGCUCUCAAGCAACCGGUUGACAAGUGGGAUGCGUUUCUCACGUAUCAUAUUACGACUAAACUCGAUGCAGCGUCAAGAAAGGAGAUCGAAUCAAAGACUCCGACCGACAGAAUACAAACCUUCGAGGAAAUCAUGACAGUGCUAGAAGAACGAGUGCGCGUGUUAGAGGCAAUUGCGACAAGUGCGCGCGCGAAACCGGAAAGGUCCAGUACGGCCUUUGUAGCUACAUCAAAGGUUAUGUGUGGCAUCUGUCAAGCGGAGCAUUCAGUGUUCAAGUGCAAAAAGCUAACAGACCUGCCGGUAAAUCAAAGAAUAGCGACAGCGCGUAAAUUAAAUCUCUGCAUUAAUUGUUUAGGCAGUUCACAUCGUGCGAUAGAUUGCAAAUCCGGAGGCUGCCGAAUCUGUCAAAGGCGACUUCACACGCUGCUCCAUUUGAAGACAAACGCGCUCGAGUCUCCGUCACAGCCAAACGCGAUCGACACAAAGGAUGCCUCGUCUAACGGAAGUAAACAAGAAGCUAACGUGAGCUCCUCGACAACGACUUGCAAUUUGAAUGUUCGUCCGGAACCUAAAGUCAAGCAAGUAUUACUAGCUACUGCGAUAAUCAAAAUUUAUGAUUCUAGUGGACAGGAGCAUCUAGCUCGAGCACUCCUUGACGGGUGCUCUCAAAACAGCUUUAUAACUACACGCAUGUAUCAAACGUUGCGACUGAAGGGAAGAAGGGUUAACCUUCAAGUAACUGGAUUGAAUGAUGCUCAAACACGGGCACAUAUUAUUGUGCGCACAACUAUAGGAUCACGCAUCUCGUCUUUUAGAACACCUAUUGAACUGCUAGUUACAGAACACAUCACUCAGAAUAUGCCGAUCUGCCCCAUCGAGGAUGCUAUGCAGAUUCCGACGACCGUUUAA